AUAUCAAAAUACAUCAUAUCAAAGAGUCGCCCCUCCGCAGAUUUCUUCUUCGAUUCUCUCCUCCGUCGUCGUUCAACCAUGACUCGUGGAAGUCAAAGAGACCGUGACAGAGAAAGGGCUAACGCUCGCACCACCGGCAAAGGAAAGGGUAAAGAUGAUGGCUUGACCCCUGAGCAGCGCCGUGAAAGGGAUGCAAAGGCACUUCAAGAAAAGACAGCAAAGAAGGCAGCACAGGCAGCAGGUGGAAGCGACGCUGGAGGUAAUAGCACCAAGAAAUAGAAACCCGUUUAUGUUUUUGAUCCGUUUCGUAAUUUAAAACUCGUGAUUUCAUCCUUUUUAUAACUUCGUUGUGUAACAUUAAACGACCAGUUCUAUAUGUUUUUUUUUUUUUAUUUCUUUCGGGUGUUUUUUCCAGUCAAAGUGUAAGUGUAAGUGCCGAAUUGCAAUAAUAGACAUGUGAAAGUGGUAAUUUUAUCGAGUGGGUAAUAA